UAUCGUUUCAUCCCUAAUUAUUGUAACGUCAUGAGUAAUCUAAGAUAAACGUCUGCUACUGCUUGCUAAAGUGUGUCGCAAAGAUGAUGCAGCAUCAAUACUGGGUAACAAAAAAGACUGUAUUGAAAAAACUGGGCACCAAAGAAGAUGAGUGUAUCGUCGCGUCUGACGCCGAAUUAGAUGCAAAACUGGAGCUAUUUCGAUCAAUAUCAGACAGUUGUUUGCAUUUACAACGAGUUUUAGAUCAGUACCAGGAGCGACUGUGUAUUUUGGCUCAGGAAGAGAAUUCCUUGGGGAAAUUUCUACGAGAUGCAGGAAAGUCGAGCGACGCAUCCGGAAAGCAUAUGGUGUCCGCUGGUAAAGCGGUUUCUUACUCUGGCCAGCAUCGCUUAUCAAUUAGACCGCCAUUAUUGAGGCUUUAUCAUGAAGUGGAAACGUUUAGAUGUCGCGCUGUGAAGGAUAUGCGGGCAACGGUGACGGCGAUGGAAAAAGCCCGUAUCGAGUACCGCGCGGCGCUCAGUUGGAUGAAGUCGACGAGUGCUCAGCUCGACCCCGACACCGGCCGCGGUCUCGAUAGUUUCAGGAAAGCGCAGCGUCAAGUCCGCGAAAGUAAAAAGGUUUUUGAUAAACUUACACUGGAUGUGUUGCAAAAGAUUGACUUGCUAGCAGCGGCCAGGUGUAAUAUGUUUUCACAUGUUCUGUCAAAUUAUCAGAAUGCUUUCCUCAACUUCUCAACAAUAGUGGCUCAAACCUUCGAAGCCACCAUAAAUACUAUGAAUGAAACACCUCAGUACGAGUUUUGUAUUUUAAAGAGCUUGGGAGAGGCAGAAACCAAUCAGGUAGAAGACUCGGUGCCUGACAAAGAUCAAAUGCUGUUCUUUCAGGAUGAAUAUAAAGAUGAACAAGACAAAGUUGAAACUGACUCUAAGAGCAAGGCAGAAAACCAACCGUCCAAUUCUAAUGAAAUAAAUGAAGCCAGCACUUCCAACCUUAUAAGUACAAAAUCUGAAAUACCACAAGCUGGUAAUAAUGAUAUGAGUUCUGACUUGGCUGGAUUGAAUUUAGACUGUGGAGAUUUGUUAGCACAUUUGGGAAACUUUAUGCCGUCCCAAUUAUUGGAGAAUUUAAACACCAACAUGUCCGAAGGAUCUUUGGUGCCUACAUACAUUGAGGACAACAAAACCCUGAGUCACGCACCACCAUUGCAAAAACCCAUGUUGAAACCAAAGAAGGAAGAUAAAGCUGCUUGGUUUAAACUAUUUGCUGAAUUGGAUCCACUUGCAAACCCAGAUAAUAUACCUGGAUCUAACAGUAACCAAAGUCAUGCUGCAUAGUUUGUAAGUAAUUAAGGAUAUUAAUGGCCAUCGCAUUAGUGAACUUAUCCAUACUGUGUGACCUGUUCAGGAGGUCUGGGGAGUGCUUCUAAAUACUGAGGGUUCCUUUACCAGUACAUAGUCAAUAUCCUUCAAAAAAAUGUCAAUGAUUUUCAAGCAAUUUUCUAAUAUAGCGCGCUACAGUGAGCGCUUUUAAUGCAAUGCAGUAUUAAUAAACACAUACAUGAGUUUUUUCAACCAUAUUUUUAUUCUAUUUUUAUUUCAAGGGGAAGGUCUAGACAUAAGAUGGUCACUUAUGAGUCAGGGACAAUGUGUCCAAUAGUAUGGGUAUGUUUUCUUUAUAAUAUGUGCCUUGUUUACAUGACAUUAACAAGGUCCAUUUGUUCAGUCGCUUCCACCAGACUGACACCAUGGUUUUUGCUUAGUGAAAACGUUUAGUUACCUUAAUUGAUUUAGUCCUAUUAAAUUAAAAAGAUUAAGCCUUGAACUUUAAUAUAAGCCAAGCAUAAUAUAUCAAAAAUUCAAAACAUCUUUUUUAUUUGUUGCUAAAAGUUGAGAGGAUAAAAAUAAUAAGUACAAAAAUUAAUGAAUUCUAUAAAAAUCCCAUUGAAUCAUUUAGUUAUGGCUUACUAUGUUGCUUAUGACAUUUCAUAAAUAUUCUUAAUUGCCAAUGGGCUAAACCAAUUUAUAAUAUAUUACAAAUACAAUGAUUUGUUUUGUAAUACACCACAUUUAUGUUAUUCUUCCUAUAUAAUAAUAAAUAAUUAUAAUUAUUAUGUUACCUAGUCAUAAAAGUGUUUUUGUAAACAUAAACUGUGUAUUUUUACCAAAGAUUAUUUCUAGAUUAAAUAAUAAAUUAUGUCACCCUUGUGAAGUGUUUAUUACAAUUUAUUUACAUUCCAUUACUAAAAUGUAUUUUAUAUUUUAAUCUAAAUAAUAUAAUAUAAAUUUUAUGUCAA